UUGAGUUACCGAUUGAUUUUUAAAUAUCUCUUGUUCACUCAUUAACUGUGCGAUUAAUAGGUGAAUUAUGUUUGAAAAAAAAAAUUCAGCCGGAUAUUUGAAAGUAACAGUGGUCUCGGUAGGCCGUAACACGAAUAUCAAAGUAAUGGCAAUUUUUGGCGGAUCAUCGUGAAGGCUAUCUCAUCGCCGUUGAAGAUGGUGUGACUUGACGCUCGGGUCGAUAGCCCCGGGAGACUCCGCUGGUAUGGGCGUCUCCUCCGAGGAUGCGUACAGCUACCCGUUCCUGGCGUGGCUGCUGCAUUCGCUGCCCCACCUCAACGUCACCUUCCACCAGGUGAACAACUCCUUCGAGCCGCACAAUCCCGUCUAUUUGGAGAGCCUCGGCAUACUAGGAUCCAUCCCCGCUGCCUGGCUCAUCCUCACCCUCCUGGUCCUGCUCAUCUACCUCCUCACCAGAUGCUGCGACCGGAAACCGAGAGCUUCCAGGUCCAUUUCGGCCCUCAAGAUCACCCUAGCCAUCGUCUCCGUGCUAUGCUGCGCCGCCGUGGGGUUGGGCCUCUACGGCAACGACGACCUGCACAACGGUAUCAUACAGACCUUAAAUCAGGGGAAACAGGUGGACACUCUGGUGUCGAAGAUAAGGAACCAGACCGAGGCCAUUGAACGACAGUUGAGGAUACAGGCAGGCGGUCAGCUCACCAACAUCCAGAAUAUAUUUGAGGCGCCGACUUCGAAUAUGACCUUGUUUAAGUUGGCGGACGGGUACCUCAAAAGGCUCAUUGGCAACAACACCAUGGCGGCCAACGCCGCCGCCGACAUCCGACAGCCCCUGGUCGGCCUGAACCUCGCCCCCAAGAUCAUCCUGGGCGAGAAAAUAGAGGCGAUACGGUGGCCCUGCACCAUGGCCAUCCUCAGCGUCCUCCUCAUCCUCUGCGUGAUCCUCCUGGUGGGCAUAGCUCGCCACAACCGCUGCGCCCUCAUAGCCUUUUCCGUGUGCGGUCUACUGGCGGUGAUAGCCUCUUACCUGAUGGCUAGCGUCUACCUGGCCUCCAGCGUCGCCCUGGGCGAUCUCUGCAUGGCCCCGGACAAGUUCAUCGAAGACCAGGCCUCCACCGAUCUCUCCAAGGAGAUAUUGAAGUACUACACGAACUGCGAACGAGCCAGGGCCAAUCCGUUCACCCAACGACUUAGAGAGGCCAAGACCACCAUUGAAAACAUGAGGAACAACUUGAACCCGUUGAGCAAGCCGGCACAGUACCUGUUCCCGAAAAAGGGGCUGGACACGAAGUUCAGCUCGCUGAAGAACGAUAUCAACGCUGCGGACAAUUUCAUACAUUCGUUGACGGCACUCGUGGAUUGUAGGUCGUUGCACAUGCAUUAUCUGAGGGGGGCGAGGGCCCUGUGCAACGUGGGAUUGUUAGGGCUGACGCUGAUGCUGGCGUCGGCCGUUCUAGCUGGACUGUUGCUCACCGCCCUGGUUUGGGUCGACUCGCACACCUGGAUCUACAUCAGAAAGAAGAAGGACUACCAUCAAGUGAACGAGAACGACCCGUACCUGCCGCCGCCCCAGGCCAGCCAGGCGAUCGCCGCCCGGACCCUGCAACGCAGCCAAGGGUUGUCUUAUCCUCCCGAUACCCCUCCGCCUAGCUACACGUCUGCCUUGAUGCAUAACCGAUCGGCGCAUGCCUCGGCUCCCCCCACGCAUGAAGCUGACUUAUUACUCGAUGGAUGUGACAUGCGACCGUCCGAACACCAUCGGGGUGCCCACAUGUCCCACCUGAGGGGCCACACCUUAGGCCGAUUGCCAUCCCACCACCACGACCAGUCUUUCUCAGGACCCAACAACGGAAAGUACGCCACUCUCAGCAAGCAGUGCAAGACGUUAGAGAGUUCGGAUUUCUACUGAGAUAGGGCUGCCUGCAAGGAAUUCCCAAACUUCAAAGGUUUUAAGUUCGAUCAGCGCCAGCAACAGGCCGUUCACCAGACGGCGGAGCCCCAAAAGCAGCAACGCACCGCCAACAUUCAGAAGUACAGCUCCCUGGGGCGCCGCCCCCUCCCGCAAAC